AAGAACUCAAGAUUAUAUUCAUCUACCAACCUAAUUUAAAACAUUACUGUAGAUUCAGAGUCUAGUAAAGCUCCAAUCUUUGAGCAGACAAAUGUGUCCCCAGAAUCUUGAUUCUGUUUUCUUCAUAUUUAUUUGUUAAUCAUGUUAACAGCCAUUAAAUCACCCUCUUCCCCGAGCUGCCGGUACUUUAAAACCCAAUUCUCCGUUCCCAAAUCCUUAACUUUGGCCCUCUCCAUUCAACUUCAAUCUAGGAAUCUCAAGAUCAGUAACUGUCUCUCUCUCAACAAACCCAACAAUCAAAGCACCAAUGCAUCCGGAGAAGCAGCUGCUGGAACUGACACCCUUCGAAUCAUAUUGGCCGCCGGGGGUACCGGUGGCCAUAUUUACCCGGCGAUUGCCAUUGCUGAUGACCUCAAAGUCCUUGACCCAAAUGCCCAAAUUCUCUUUGUUGGACUUCAAACUGGAAUGGAAAGCACUGCAGUGCCAACAGCAGGAUACUCCUUUGAACCGAUUCAUGCUGCACCAUUAGGCCGGCCCCUUUUCUCUCUCUACAACUUAUUCGUCCUCCCUUUUGUUCUCGUCAAAUCCCUAAUUAAAAGUUCCCAAAUACUUAAAGAAUUCAAACCCCAUAUAGUAAUUGGAACUGGGGGGUUUGUUUCAUUUCCAAUUUGCUUAGCUGCAAGUCUCAGAGGCAUUAAACUUGCAAUUCAAGAACAGAAUUCAGUACCCGGAAUCGCUAAUCGGGUGCUUUCUUUAUUUGCCUAUAAUGUGUUUGUUGCAUUUAAUUCUAGUGUUGAUUGUUUUUGGCAAAAGAAUAAAUGCGUGGUGUGCGGAAAUCCAGUGAGAUUGUCUUUGAGGCAAUAUGCGUCUAAGGCCGUGGGAAGGCGUCAUUUCUUUUCAAAUGCAGUUGUAGGGAAGGGGGAUGGUAAGGUGGUAUUGAUUCUUGGAGGCUCAUUGGGUGCUAAUGCACUUAAUGUUGCUAUUUUGCAUUUGUAUUCUGAGAUGUUAAAAGAACGGAAAGACUUGUUUUUGAUAUGGCAAACCGGGGUCUUAGCAUAUGAUGAGAUGGAGAGCCUCGUGAAAUUCCAUCCCCGAUUAUACAUUACCCCGUUCUUGCACUCCAUGGAUUUAGCGUAUGCAGCUGCAGACCUUGUUGUAUCUAGAGCUGGAGCAAUGAUCUGUACUGAGAUCUUAACUGCUGGGAAACCUAGUAUUCUGAUACCUUCGCCGAAUGUGGCUGAAGGACAUCAAUUUCACAAUGCUUGUCUAAUGGCUGAUUUGGUUGGUUCAAGGGUUAUAACUGAAGAUGAACUUGACUCUCUUACUCUUAAAAGUUCUAUUGAAGAAAUUUUAGAUAAUGAGAGAUUGAUGACGGAGAUGUCUGAGAGAGCUCUCAAAACUGCGAAGCCAAAUGCAUCUAUUGAAAUUGCUAGACACCUUCUUUCUCUUGUAAACUCUUCGAUGAAAUUCUGAAUCAUGCUUGCAUUUUUACAUUCAAAGAUUAAAAUCUUAGCUGCGAACUUCAUUUGGGAUAUUUA